CCUUACUCUUUUAUUUAUCCACAUAAGUUGCUUGACAUAUUGAACUCAUAUAUCAAAAGAGAGAGACAUAUUGAUAAUUAUCAUUUAUAUUACUAGUUCAAUGAAAAUGAAAUUGACAAUUAUUAAUUCAACAAGAAAGCUCUCAAUCUAAACGAGUCAAACUGAACCGAAUUAAUUAAUCCAUUAAGCAACCAAACAGAUCAUUUUAGCACAACUGCACACAAUUCUGGCUACAUAUAACCUCAAAAGAAAGUUCAAAACUUUCUGUAAAGCAUUUUUCUCAUUUGAUCGUUCAAACGAAUGGAUCAAAGAUUAUUUGAAGCUGCAAGGACAGGGAAUACAGAAUACUUGCAAAAUCUUUUGAAAGAUAACCCCCUUUUACUGGACACUGUUGCAUUAGCAGGUGGAGAAAAUCCUCUUCAUAUUGCUUGUAUUGUAGGACAUGCUGAUUUUGCAAGAGAUUUGAUUAAACUUAAGAGAGAAUUUGCUGCUGAACUGAAUCAAGAUGGUCUAAGCCCUUUUCAUAUCGCCUCGGCUAAUGGGAAUAUGGAUAUCGUAAAGUUGCUGCUAAAUUUGGACCAUAAUCUUUGCCAGAUCAAAGGUAGAGAACAAACGGUUCCUCUACAUUAUGCAGCUAUUAAGGGAAGAGUUCGAGUAGUUACAGAACUUAUUGCAGCUUCUCCUGAUUGCAUUACAGAUUGUACAGCUCGAAAUGAGACAGCACUUCACCUUGCAGUAACGAAUUAUCAGUUCGAGGCCUUCGGUGUUUUGGUGGAACACCUCAAGAAAAUGAAAAAAGAGGAAGUCUUGAACAAAAAAGAUGACCAAGGGAACACGAUAUUGCACGUUGCAAUCUCUAAAAGACAAUACGAGGUAGUUAAAUUUCUGCUUCGCGAACAAGUUAUUCCUAGGAGUGCAGUGGAGGUGAAUUCUUCAAACAAGGGGGGUCUAACGCCACUGGAUAUUUUAGGAAUAUUUCAAAGUGAAGCGGAUGAGAGGGAAAUCGAAGAGAUACUUAGAGAGAGUGGUGCAAUGAAGGCCAAAGAAUCACAAACUACAUCACAAGAAUCAGCGAUUUGUGUUAAUGAAGAAAGCAGAUCAAGAUCCCCAGCUAAAAAAUUGCUUGACUACUUCAAAUACGAUACUAUUAAAGAUUCCCCAGGUAGUGUGAGGAACACCUUGCUUGUAUUAGUAGUACUCAUUGCAACAGCAACUUAUCAGGCUGUGCUUAGUCCUCCUGGUGGUGUUUGGCAAGACGAUAACUCGAGUACUGGCAAAAACAAUGGCACACCCCAUGUUGCAGGGGAAUCAAUUAUGGGCUAUCAUAAUCCAAAAUCAUACCGCAUAUUCUUGAUUUGCAACUCGGUUGGCUUCUUCACCUCUCUUCACAUGAUAAAUUUCCUCACCAUUGGAUUUCCCAUGAGACUAGAGCUGCAAAUCUCAAUGACAUCCCUUGUGUUCACUUAUAAUACUUCUAUGAUUGCGAUAGCACCACGCUUGUCCAAUCUCUUCAUUGUUGUCGCUGUAGUUAUGCCAUGUUUGGCACCAAUCGCGACCGUUGUGCUUAGGAACUUUUUCAAGGCGCCAAAAUUUAAAAUUCCUCCCCUUAUUAGUCGACUUGUUUAAUGUAGUCAGGACGAACCAGCGCUUCUCAAUUCUUGUUAGGAAGCAAAUUCUCUUACAUUGAAUUUACACAGUUUAUGUGCAUAUCAUUUCAUAUGGUCUGUAUAAACAUCUCAUAAUGUCAAUUAUCAUGUCAUUACCUUCUAUCCU